AUGAUAACGCAAGAUGGCCCUGGUCAGAGUAGACUCCUCAUUGGCGGCUGGGAGCAGGGGAGGGGCGGGGCCCCAGCCGACGAUUGGCGUGCGCGGCGCGGCGUCGGGGCGUGGCCGGGCGGGCGGACGAGCGAAGUCCGCGGCCGCGGCAGAAACGUGGCUACGGUGUCCUGGCAGCGCUCGCACCGAAAUCCUUCUCCGCGUGACCUGGCCGUAAAACUGUGGCCAAACUUCGAAGACGUUCAAAGCCGGGGGGGCAGCGGGGACAACUUCGGCCCCGCUCUCACCGGCUUUCUGUCGUACAGAUCGGGGCACCAACUUUGCGGGAGCCCCCCGACCUCGGUGGCCGCCUUCCAGCCCUCCGGUUCGUCCUGCGCCCCGUUUUCGGCCGGCCAGAGUGCCCCAUCCAGCGGAAUGGCCUACCUCAAGUCGACGCCUUACUCCGUCAACGGCAUCGGGCUGCCCUCUCCCGGUGUUGACCUUCUCCACCCCACGGUCGGAUAUCCGGGGCAGUUGUGUAGGGAGCUGAGUGACAAAAAUAUCGUUCGCGAUAGUGUUUGGCCGAAAAGUUGUAAAUACUUCAUGUGGACGAAAGAUCAGGCGCCCUGUUCGGUCAACUACGGAGGACAAUUUCACUCAGAAUUGAGUAACCUAACAGAAUACAGUGCCUACAGCAAGAUAGAGGAUCAGCAGGAACUGUGCUCUUUAUUCGCUGGCGCAG